UUUAUGGGAUAAUUCCACAUUUUUAUAGAAAAACCUUUAUACUCUCAAAUACCCCUAAAACAGUGAUUUUUAAGACAACAUAUGAAAUGUUUUCAAAAAUAACGGAAACAUUAAAUAUUGUAGGAGUAUACGGUACACUGACUUUAUCUUUUAUCUCGUGGGAAAUAGUAACGAUAGUUAAUCAAGAAACCGGUAAUGAUAAAUUAAAGUAAUUUUGUUUUCCGACGUUUAUAUGAGUUAUGUUUAUUGAUAAUGUUAGUUGUGUGAAUGUAUGAAUGUGUGCUUUUUUUUUUUUUGAAAAUCUGAUUGGGUUUUAAACCUUGAAGAAAUACAAUAAAUAUGUGUUCUCUAAAAGAUUUUCCGGAAUUAGGUGAAAAUAGUACCAUUAUAGACAAUAACAUGUCUUCUAGUUUUAUGGUUAAACGAGUUAAGCCUCAAACUAUUAACUAUCCAAAUAUCAUUAUUCAGCUGCAAGUAGAUAAUGCUCCAGAAAAUUUAUUUUUACCAACUACACGACCAACCAUACUUCAAAAUAUUAUUAGUAAAUAUAUGAAUGAGGGAUUUUGGUCAGCUUGGGAUGAUUUGGAAAAAUAUAUUGAUGGAAAUCAAAAUAGUGUCUCUAAGAUAAUACACCCAAUCAAAUUUUUAAUGUUGAUGUUAUCACCUAGAAUGAACUUAAAAGGUUCUGAAAAUAAAUUAUCUGGUGUUAGCCGCACCAAGCUAUGGUCUUCAAGUAUUAUUCGUUCUAUGGCAUGGCACCCUCAAACUUUUAAACUUGCAGUUGUAUCUUCUUAUGACACUAUAUUUGUUUAUAACCAAAAAGGUAUUGAAGCUAGAAUAAAGAAAAAAUCACAACGCUCUAUUUUAUCUUUAGCUUGGAGACCAUUAAGCACUGGUACAAUAGCAGUUGGAUGUGAAAAAGGAAUUUUUAUUUGGAAUAUUGAAUUUAGUGUUCUACAUGCUAGACCUUCUGUUAAUAAUGUUUCUGAAUUUGUGAGAGAUGAUCAUAGAUACAUAACUGGUUUAUCAUGGAAUAAAAUGGGUGAUCUAUUAAUUUCUACUGCUGUGAGUUCAAAAACAAUGUAUGUAUGGAGUUAUCCAUUAGGAAAUAGUGUACCAUUACGUAGAAUUGGUACAGGUACAUUGAACUUUGUUAUUUGGUCACCUGAUAACACAAAAGUAUUUAGUUGCACAACUAAUGAAUCAUUUAGAAUUUGGAAUACUGAUAAGUGGGUAUCAGACAAGUGGUCUGUAAGUACCAAGUCAAGAGUGCAAUGUGCAUGUUGGUCUCCAUGUAGUUUAAUACUAUUAUUUGCAACAGAUUCAUGUCCUGCUGUAAAUGCUAUUGACUUUAGAAAAUCUGAUGUGUUUAAUGAACCGUUAAAUUAUAAAAAAGUUGCUUGGCCUGUUAUCGAUUUAAAAAGCGAAAGGAUUAAUGAUAAAAACAUUGGUGGCAUACCCUCUGAUAUGUGCUGGGAUCAAAAUGGUAAACGAUUAGCUAUUACGUUUAAGGAUAAUAAUUCAGUACUUAUAUUUACCACCUCUAUAAACACAACUGUGGUUGAUUGUAUUCCUCUUUGUAUUAUACAAGGAUAUUUAGAUGAAGAACCUUCUGUUGUGGCAUUUCAACCUUUAUACGAAGCAGGAUCUUUAUUAACAAUAGGUUGGUCUAAUGGGAAUAUAGAAUAUGUUCCUUUUAUGUAUAAUUCAAAACUCAAAUGUGAUCCAGAACUAACAGAAACAAGUUUUUUUCAUUUAAAGCAAGAAAAUAAUAUGUCAACUAGAGUUCACUAAAAAUCUUAAUCCGCUACUUUAAAACAAUUUUACUAGAGAAAUUAA